AUGAGUGCUCUGAAGAGAAAAUGUUUUUCUAUUGAAGAAAAAGCUACAAUUAUACAUCGCUUAGAAGCUGGCGAAUCAAAUGCACUUCUUGCAAAAGAGUUCGGUGUUAGUCAUUCCACAAUAUCUACAAUCAAGAAAAAUAAAAGCAAAAUUGAACCUCUAUUCAAUGAAAAUGUUCUUAAAAUUAAACGUGUGAGAGUUUCGAGUCAAGAUGAUGUAGAUAAAGCAUUAUUGCAGUGGUUUAAAGUGCAGCGUAAUGAGGGUAUACCUAUAAAUGGGCCUAUACUACAAGAAAAAGCAAAUGAAUUUGCCAAGAAGUUUAACAUUUCUGGAUUCGAAUGCUCAACAAGUUGGAUCAGCCGAUUCAAAGUAAGACACAAUAUUGUUGCAGGCAAAGUUGCUGGUGAAUCUCUGUCAGUCCAAAAGAGUGAUGUGAGCGACUGGUUAGCAAAAGUUUGGCCAAAUUUGAAAGCCCAAUUUAGCGAUGAUGAGAUUUUUAACGCUGAUGAAGCGGGAUUAUUUUAUAAGUUGACACCAAAUCAAACUUUAAAAUUUAGAGGAGAAAAAUGUUUAGGCGGAAAGCUGUCGAAAGAAAGACUAACUGUGCUAAUUGCAGCAAACAUGAGUGGUACAAUAAAAAGAAAAUUGCUUGUAAUUGGAAAGUCAAAGCGUCCAAGAUGUUUCAAAAAUGUACGGUCGUUACCUGUCGAUUAUGUUAGUAAUAGCAGAGCCUGGAUGACAUCUGAUAUUUUUACGAAAUGGGUGCGUGAUUGGGAUCGUGAACUCAAGAAAACGAAAAAAAAAAUCCUACUUUUGGUUGAUAAUUGUCCAGCACACCCUAAAAUCGAUGACUUGAGAAGCAUUACUCUAGUUUUUCUACCACCGAAUACUACAUCCAUAUUGCAACCUAUGGAUCAAGGAGUAAUUCGUGCGUUUAAAUCAUAUUUUCGAAAAUUCCUUGUUCUAAAACUAAUCAACGUCCACGAUAACAUUAAAAAUAACAAGGUUGGACAAGUGAAUAUUACAAUACUUGAUUCCAUUCUUAUGAUGUAUGAUGCUUGGAACAAGGUUUCUGAAAUAACGAUUUCCAACUGUUUCAAGCAUGCUGGAUUUUCUAUCGCGAAUAUAGGCGUUACCAGCACCUCAAUAUCAUCUGAUUUUGAUGAUGAAGAUGAUGUUCCGCUCUCAGUUUGGGCAAGUGCUUUUGAAAGUAGCCUACCCAUAUCAACAGAAGAAAUCGAGGAAUUUUCUAGUAUUGACAAUAAUCUUGCAAUAUGUGGAGAACUAACCGAUGAAGAAAUUGUGCAAAAUGUAAUUGUCGACAAGAGUGAUAGUGAUGACAGCGCUGAUGAAAAUGACCAGAUUUCUUCAUCUCCAAGCGUAUCUGAAGCUCUAAAAUCUGCAGAAAUUUUAAAUCAAUUUGUACAUGCUAAUUUCGUUGAUGAAUCUGCAAAAAAUAUGAUGUCUAUUCUUCAUAAUGCUGUACGCGAUUCUUAUUUUCACCAUAACAAGAAAAAACAAUCUACGCUCAAAAUAACGCUAAUGUUAAAAGAGCUGAGGGAUUAG